CAUUCAAUGUCUCUAAAACUGAGAAUCUAAUCAAAAUCACAUAAAUUAACAAAAAUAUACACAAAAAGUAAUUGACAUCUGAAAUACGUUAUAAAAAUAAUUGCAACCAAUAGUAGUGAGCAAACCAUUUGGUGAUCAUAUUAGUAACAGUGGUGUCAAUAAUUUGGUCACUUAUUUGCUAUUUGCGCUGUAAGGGAUAUAGAUAUUUAACCAGGAAUUGAAAGAAACUUCAAAAUGAAGGGAAUUUUGUUUGCAAUUCUGGUGUCAGCCCUAAUUGGCACCAGUAGUCUAACCGAAACGGUUGUCCGCAUUCACACACCCCUUAGUGUGGACUCACAGACCCUCAAAAUGGUUGAAUUUAUUAACAAUUUAAACACCACUUGGAAAGCUCAAAACAACUUCGAGGGCUAUUCACUGGAGUACAUAAAAGGUCUGAUGGGUGUCCACAAAGACAACCGCAGAUAUCGACUACCAAUCCAUACGCACGACACGGAGAACCUGAUUAUUCCCGACGAGUUUGACUCCCGAACCCAAUGGCCUAACUGUCCGUCCAUUAGU